GAAAAAUUUUGACAGCUUUGAAAACGCCGCCAUUGCUCUCGACAUCUUGCGUAUUCAGUGUCCGAACGGCUCGUAGCGUUUCUGCGUCCAGGGAAAACAGUGUAAUAUUGUCGGCUUCUUUCGUCGCUGUCGUCAAGCACCGUAACCAAGCACGAUAAAAAUGGGUGUGCAGAUCAUUCCAAUUGCCGACGGCGACCAAACCACCUUCCCGAAGCCGGGUCAGACUGCGGUCGUUCACUACACCGGAACCCUCGACGAUGGAACGGUGUUCGAUUCCUCGCGCACCCGUGGCAAGCCGUUCCAGUUUGCUGUCGGCAAGGGUGAGGUGAUCCGUGGCUGGGAUGAAGGUGUCGCCCAGAUGUCGGUCGGCCAGCGUGUUAAGCUGGUGUGCUCGCCGGAUUACGCCUACGGUAGCCGUGGCCACCCGGGUGUCAUUCCCCCGAAUGCUCGGUUGACUUUCGACGUCGAACUGCUGCGAGUAGUUUAAGCUGGUAGCGGACCAUCGUGUACUGCCGCCGAAUGAUCACACUUAAUCAUUUAUCAGAUACAUCACCGUUGACCGAAACAGACUCAAGCAAGUAGACUCUGGGAACACGCAACAAGGAUAGCAAUCGACAAAAAGUUUCUUUGACAGAGAUAAAAAACACGUAGCAGUCGCGUAAAAACACAACAUUCUUGUCAUAGAUAUUAGCAGUCAGUAGAGAUUACUUACCAUCAUCGUAAAUGGUUGUCACUGCUUAGAGUAUAAUUGUUCGAAGACAAAUUUUGAGUCCGUUUUUAGUUCAUUUCUAACUGUAACCAUCUCGUUGGAAUAAGCCUUGUUCCCCAUUCUAUCAGAGAAACAGGGGUAAAGCACCAUGCUUAUACCCAAUUCCCUUAAUUGCAUUUAAAUGUCAAAUUGCACAGAUUAGAAGGCUGCGCCUGUGAAAAGCUAAUCGGAAUAGGAAAAAUAUCGGAACAAAGGCGCAGUAGCGAAAUUUGAAGUGCAAUGCGAAAACACAGGAAGAAGAAAACUCCCCCAUUUAUCAGACGUCGUUCAAUCGUUUUGCUAUCGGAUAUAGUCUAUUUUGGAAGGAAAUGGCGAGCAAGAAACUGAAACAUCAUGAAACAACCGCGCUGCAGUCAACAGUUUUUGCAUUAACGGAUUAUGAUAAAGAUUAGCUACACCUUCGAUUUCCCAUUUUCCAGAAAUGCGCUCAGAGCAAAAAUCUUUCUUCUUCCUUCUUGGAAAUGAUAUUCCAUGGUCAAACUUACACAGGGGUGUUUCUCAGGCCACUCGGCGGAAAUUAGUAGAUUUUCAUCGUCGAUAAUCGUUCAUUAAUAAAUCAACCAAUGUGCACCAGCCAAACAUAACCGGUCAACCAAUGCAAGUGAAUCGUUAAUAUCUCUUUGAAGUUUACCUCUUGCCAAUUCUGUUUAUCAGUACCACCUAACUAAAUGAGAUUUUCCGAAUUAUGAAGUAUUAAAGUUUUACCUAUGAUAAGAUUUAGCGACAAACGUGCAGCUGCAUUGCUGUGAAUUGGAGUGAGCAUGCGGAUCAACCUUCCCGUAGCAUUCAUGUUGAAACGGAAAACGACCUCCAUGGUUAAUCGCCCUUGACCAUUUCUAAUCCCAAAUCGGAACGAUUUGGGUGCUGUCAUUCUUCUUCACUUGUGUGCAACUUAAUGCACGUAUUGAAUUGCAUAGCCUGCAAGCUGCUAUAUGCGUUAUCGCAUACACUCAUUUAUCAGCAUAGCAAUGUGCUACAGCUAGCAAAGAUCAAGGAUGAAGGGAUUCCGUUGAUUCGCAACAGCUCUACCGGGUUUUCGUUGUCGAUGCCAAUGUUUAUCUACCUGCGACUGUUAGGCGUUCGACUCGAGGUUUAAUCAAAAUAGCUAUCUACUGCCCGAGUGCAACUAUUCGAUUAUGAGCGAAUCAAAAACACCUUUCUGAAUAUUCUGUCUUCAUCUGAAACACGUCAACAGUUUACUGAAAUUGAAUAAAGAGCAACUACCAUACCAAAUCAGAACAUUAUUGUGGAUCUCGCAUCUUU